AUGGCAAACGCCCUUGCAAACAACACUGCAUCAUAUGCCCAGAAGAUAGCCUUCUGGUACUUUGGAAGGCUGUGGCUGCACCGCGACGAAGCCAACAUCCGUCGCCUCCUCUCCUGCGCGUGCCGAAACGAAACGCUGAAGAACCAAAUUCGCAACAGCUCUGGAGGAUUCACUCUCCUCUACGACGGCCCGACACCUAUCACCUUCACCGCCGCAUGCGACGGGCCAGUGGCUUGGAAGAGGUAUCACGAGUGGUGGAAGUACAUUGAACGGGGGAAAAAGUACUGCGAAAGCGCUCCAACAACACCACCAGAUAUCUGCCGCCAGCACCCACUCUACCCGGCAAUCGCCCUGUCUGUCCUCGCAUCCUGCGUCUGUGCCCUGGUUCUCUUUGGGCCUUGGCUUCUGGAUCAGUGGGAGUCCUAUCAUCCCUCAGAGAACGAAUAA